UCACAGUUGUUUGUACAGUUCGCGAAAUUAUCAGAUUGGCAAAUUUUCCCGGCGCCAGAUUUUUCCAAUUUACCGAAGCCAAUUUAAUUGCCGGCAUUUUCCCAUCUCAUCCAGUCGCAAAGUAUCGUUGAGAAGCGCUUCAAAAUGAUGAAAUUCGUGCAAAUAUUAUUGUGCUACGGCCUGCUCCUCACUGUGCUCUUUGCCCUCAGCGAUGCUCGACCUUCAGCUGCUGGCGAAGCUGGACCCGAUUCGGAUGGACUGGACGGACAGGAGGCUGAGGACGUUCGUGGGGCCUACGGAGGAGGCUAUGAAAUGCCAGCCCAGGCCAUCUACCCAAACAUUCCCAUGGACCGACUGCAGAUGCUCUUCGCUCAGUACAGACCCACUUACAGCGCCUACUUGAGAAGCCCCUCCUACGGCAAUGUGAACGAACUUUACCGGCUGCCCGAGAGCAAACGUCAAGUCAGAUAUCGGCAGUGCUACUUCAAUCCCAUCUCCUGCUUUAGGAAGUAAGUUCCCAGCCAGCAGAUUGAUUGUCCGCAACCAACAGGCUCUUGGAUACAUUAACAAUUCAAGCAUUUCAACAAACCAAAAAUGAAGUUUAGCAUUAUGGAUCACCACAAAUGUAACGCAAAUAUUUAGUGCAAUUAAACUAAAGCUAAGACUCAGCUAUAUCCAAAUCUAUAUAUAUAUAUACAUAUAUGUGUACACAGAAAUCCAAAUAAGUUACUUAACUAUUUAAAUGUCUAAAAAUGAAUGAAAACAUGUUCCAUUGUAGUUACCAAAAAUAAUAAAUUAUGUAUUUAUUUGAAUAUUAGCACAAAUGUUAAAGAUUAUACUAUUUCGUUUCUUGAUUUUUGCUUUGCAUAUGGUGUGGUAAAAUAAAAUUCAAUGCUUCCCCAAGCUAUUCAAAACGUAUUCGAAAUAAAAAUGUGCUUUUGUAAAUUUAAGUGUUCCAGCUCUUGUAUAAUAAAACAAAAUAUAAAAUAACAAAACUUAGAAUGCGAACUUGGAGUCAUUUAAUACCUACAAAACACUAUACAUGUAAAAUAAACCUCUAAACUAAAGUUAUAAUUAUAUACGUAUGAAAUAAA